ACACACACACACACACGCUCUGCAGCAGCAGGUGAACCUGACCGGGGAGUCGAACAGGAUUUGGGGUUAAACCUGAGCUGAAACCUUAUUGGCUGUUUAUCACCUCCUCCUCCCUGCUCUCCGAUUGGCCGGUGGACUGUUGACCUGAGGCCGUUUUCAGAUGAGCUGCAGAGUCAACGGCACUUCACUGAUCACCAGCCAAGGCUGACAUGCUGUCCAUCCCAGAACUGAUCAAGAAGAAGAAGGACGGAGGAGCACUGAGUGAUGAAGACAUCAAAACCUUCAUCCACACUGUGACCAACAAAACCAUCCAGGAGGCCCAGAUCGGCGCCAUGUUGAUGGCGAUCUGGCAGAAGGGAAUGAUGGACACGGAGAUCGAGACCCUGACCAGGGAGAUGAUGUCAUCGGGGAAAGUGAUGUCAUGGCCGAAGGAGUGGGCGGGGCUGGUAGUUGACAAACACUCGACAGGAGGGGUGGGAGAUAAAGUCAGCUUGGUGCUGGCGCCUGCACUCGCCGCCUGCGGCUGUAAGGUGCCUAUGAUCAGUGGGCGGGGCUUGGCUCACACAGGAGGAACCCUGGACAAACUGGAAUCCAUUCCUGGAUUCAACAUCCACCAAUCAGCAGCUCAGAUUCUGGACAUCCUGGCCUCGGUGGGCUGUUGCAUUGUGGGUCAGACGGAGGCGUUGGUUCCUGCAGAUCGGGUCCUGUACGCCCUGCGGGACGCCACCAGCACCGUGGACAGCCUGCCGCUGAUCACCGGUUCCAUCAUCUCAAAGAAAGGCGCUGAGUCGCUGUCCGCGCUGGUGCUGGACGUCAAGUUUGGACGAGCUGCUCUCUACAAAGACCUGCGCAGCGCCAAAGAACUGGCACAGUCACUCGUGGCUGUCGGAAACCGUCUGGGCAUGCGCACGGGGGCGGUGCUCAGCCGUAUGGACUCCACGAUCGGUCGCUGUGUGGGCAACAGCGUGGAGGUGAUCGAGUCUGUGGAGACCCUGAAGGGGAGGGGACCCGAAGACCUGAUGGAGCUGGUCAUGACUCUGGGCGGUUUGCUGCUGCUGAUGACUGGACUGGUGUCCGACCUAUCAGAAGGCAGACGACAGAUUUCUGAUGCUGUGAUUGGUGGAGCCGCUCUGUCCAAGUUCCAGGCCAUGAUGGAGGCUCAGGGUGUGGCCAGUGAGACGGCUCGGUCGCUGUGCUCCGCCCACACAGACUACUACAGCAUCCUGAGAAAAGCUAAGCAUCAGAUCCAACUGGAGACGCCUGCAGAGGGUGUCGUCCUGGAUGUCGACGGUUUGGUUUUAGCUGAAGUUCUUCAUAAACUGGGGGCGGGACGAUGUAAGGCCGGAGAAGCUGUCAAUCACAGCGUGGGGGCGGAGCUACUGGUGUCCCUGGGUCAGAGGGUCAAGAAAGGCGUCUCCUGGUUGCGGGUCCACCAUGAGGAUCCGGCUCCGACUCCAGACCAGAUCAGUCGACUGCAGAGCGCUCUGACUGUGGGAGCACACGAACACACACAAACACAAGAAAAACCGACUUUGGUGGAGGAACUACUGCUACCUCAUCAACACACGUCCUAACUCUGUUAUUUAUUAACACAUAAACACAAACAGUAACACCCUGGUGAGUAGCAUCAUGUGACCUAAGCCCCGCCCCCUCAGUUAUUGUUGCUAACAGUGACGGGUUUACCAUCUAAAAUACCUCUCACAGCUUCUCCACGUGAGCAGUUAAUUGUCGAGUUUGCUGUACAAUCAUCACAAAUACGUGAUGUAUCCAAGUCCUGCAUUCAAAACAUAUGUGAAGUACCUGAAGUAGAAGUACUCAUGAUGCAGAAUGACACAUUUCAUAGUGUUGGAUGUCAUCAAUGUGUUCAUCACCUUAAUGUUGAAUCUGGUGAAGGUGGAGCUGAUUUUGUUCCUGAUUUUGAUUACUCCUGGUGGCUUUUAAAUGUGACAAACUACUCAGGAAAUAUAAGAAAAUAACUGAUAAGUGAUUAACACAUUAAUGUAUUUAUAGUAUACAUUAUCCUGAAAUACACCUCUCUGCAUACUGAGUACUUUUACUUUUAGUACUUUUAGUAUCUUUUGAUGCUGGUGCUUCUACUUUAUUGCUUACUUUUGUUACAUUCUUUUACUUGCUUUCACUUUUACUUUAAAAAUUCAAUCCUUGACUUUUUUACUUUGGGGAGUAUUUCUACACUGUGGUACUGCGAUGUUUACUUAAUUACAAGAUGUGAGUAUUUCUGUUCUGCUUCCUGCUGAGACGAAUAAAAAGCUUCCUGCAUUGGCGGUUGGUCC